AUGAGAAAUGUUUGUCUUAUUGAACGUAUGAUGAAUAUACAACUCAAUCUCGAGGAUUUGUUUCAAAAAGCUUUAAAUUCGCCGCAACACCUAAGCCGGAUACAAGCCGUAUUGGACAAAAUGUCAAAGCAUCCAGAUUUUACGACGAGAGUACUGCUCAUGAGAAAAUUACCAAGGUUGGCAUUACUUUGCGCCGGUGAAAAUCAAUCGGAACACGUAAACACUCGGUUGUGGCCUUUGAUUUUAUCUUGCCUAAACGAUAAGAACGAAGAGGUUAGAAAAUCAUGCGAAGUCUCCCUGUUGGUGUUCAUAAAAGAAAAACUUUUGGAUCAGGAAGUUAUAACGGAAAAAGUUUGUCCAUCCAUCGUGAAAAUAUGUAAGGAAGAUGGAUUUGCGAGCACGGUUGCCGUAAGUAUCAUAAGAAUAAGAUGA